CUAUUUGCUCCUACGGGCUGUAGAUGGAGCUGUCCGGCCCGGGCGAGGGGGAAGGCGCCUGGAAAACGUUCUUCUUCUCCCUGGCCGGCCCGAACCGGGAACAGCACUCCCAGGAUGCAGUUUGUGUCAACACGGCCGCAGCCUCAGCAGCUGGGCAUCCAGGGCCUGGGGCUGGACAGCGGGAGCUGGAGCUGGGCCCAGGCUCUGCCCCCGGAGGAGGUCUGCCACCAGGAGCCGGCGCUGCGCGGGGAAAUGGCCGAGGGAAUGCCGCCCAUGCAGGCUCAGGAAUGGGACAUGGAUGCCCGGCGGCCAAUGCCUUUUCAGUUUCCGCCCUUCCCAGAUAGGGCACCUGUUUUCCCUGACCGCAUGAUGCGAGAGCCCCAGUUGCCCACAGCAGAGAUCUCUCUCUGGACCGUGGUAGCUGCCAUUCAGGCUGUGGAGAGAAAGGUGGAUGCCCAGGCCAGCCAACUGUUGAACCUGGAGGGACGUACUGGGACUGCUGAGAAGAAGCUGGCCGACUGCGAGAAGACGGCUGUGGAGUUCGGGAAUCACAUGGAGAGCAAGUGGGCUGUGCUGGGGACUCUGCUGCAGGAGUACGGGCUGCUGCAGAGGCGGCUGGAGAACUUGGAGAACCUGCUGCGCAACAGGAACUUCUGGGUCUUACGGCUGCCCCCGGGCAGCAAGGGGGAGGCCCCCAAGGUUCCAGUGACUUUUGUCGACAUUGCUGUUUACUUCUCUGAAGAUGAGUGGAAGAACUUGGAUGAAUGGCAGAAGGAGCUUUAUAACAACCUUGUCAAGGAGAACUACAAAACUCUGAUGUCCCUGGACGCAGAGGGCCCAGUGCCCAAGCCAGAUGCCCCAGCCCAGGUUGAGCCCAGAGAAGAGCCUUGUGUGUGGGAGCAACGCCACACUGAAGAGAGAGAAAUCCCAGUGGCUCCAGACACAGGAGCAGAGCCCCUGGUGCCUGCACAGGAUGCGUCCUCCCAGGUGAAACGUGAGGAAGCCCUGUGUGUCCGAGGUCAGCGGGGCCUGGAGGAAAGAGCCAUCCCAACGGAAUCCAUUACCGACUCGCCGAUUUCUGCCCAGGACCUCUUGUCUCGGAUUAAACAGGAAGAGCACCAGUGUGUGUGGGAUCAGCAGGAUUUGGCAGACAGAGAUAUUCCCACAGACCCCAAUUCAGAGUCUCUCAUCUCAGCACAUGACAUUUUGUCAUGGAUCAAGCAGGAGGAGCAACCGUACUCAUGGGGUCCACGUGACUCAAUGGAAGGAGAUCUUGGAUUAGACUCUGGCCCCAGUAAGUAAUGCACCCACUGGGACCCCUGGGUAUCUCCUCUGUAGUAGAACAGCUAAGGCCUGAUUUGAGGGCUGAUUGCUUGCCUCAGCCUACCCCUUGUAGGGUGAUGUUCUGCCAGUGGCAACCUUU